AUGGUUCUACUUUCGACAUGGGAGUCACCGCCACAUACGCGUAAGGACUUCAUUCGUCUCGAAGGCUCUACCAUUCCCAUCAUCGGUAACCACUUCUAUCGUGCCCCCGACGGGCUUCUGCUCAAAGUCGGCGGCAGCGAGGGUGAAGCCCAAAUGACAGUCCUCGCUCGCUAUGUACUUGAAGACACCCUCACAGUCCUGAGAGUGCAUGCUUUCAUACAGAUACCUCCCAAUAUCAGCGCGAUUCUUUUGGACUACGUGCAAGGAAUCCCUCUUAGUGCUUUGUGGAAUGAUCUCUCCGCAACACAGCGAACGACUAUCAAGAAUCAGCUAUGUGAUGCUUUGCUUGCGAUGCGAAGGCCCUCGUUCGAGUACGCUGGACGACCGGGUCGCAAGCCCUACGUUCUCCCAAAAGAGCUCGGCUUUUCGGCCCAUGACUUCUGUUCUAAUGUGGAGGAGUGGAAUGGAUCACGGGAGCGAGCGAUUGUGGCCACGUGGCUCGUCAAGACGGAUCGCUUCGUUCUUACACAUGGAGAUCUAUCCGAUCGCAAUAUCCUUGUAGAUCUGAAUACACUCACCAUCGUCAGCCUUCUUGACUGGGAAUACGCAAAUGUAGUCCCUACUUAUUUCGAAUACGUCGCAGCUAGGCUCUCUGGUGGCCAUCGGUCAUAUUGGCGAGCAGAGCCUCUGGAGGUUCUGGAGAAAGUGCUGGAAAGGGAAUGUGGAGAGAUGAUGACUAACGUAGAGGCAGAACUUGCACGCUGGAAGGCCCUCGUGGAUGUCGAAAGAUACGCUCAGGGUAUGGAUGAUGACUGCACAUGGACUUUCGAGCAAGAAAUUUCUUCUUGUGAGUGA